GAUAGUGUUUGUAUAUGAAUGGGGUGCGGUGAUGUCAUUAUAAACUUCACUCAGUACCCAUUCAGACGAGGCGCGUUCUACUCUUCAUUCUGAUUGUCGAAACUCACAGACCCCAAACUACCCAUCCGGGAGCUAGAGUUUUGAAGAAAUUUAACUUUGAGCAUCGUAAAUAGCAAAGCAAUUCACUGACAGAUCUACAGCAAGCCCUUGUCGUCGAGGGCGAGUGGGAACUUACAAAAUGAACCGGAGUUUUAAUAAAUCUCAGACCUUGCGGUAUUUGGACUGUACUACGGUGGAAGUAAAAAGCAAGUAUGGGGCUGAAUUCAGAAGAUUCUCCUUGGAUCGAUUCAAACCUGGCAAAUUUGAAGAGUUCUACAAGCUCAUUCUUCACAUUCACCGGUUAUCCAACGUUGAAGUCAUGCUCGGCUAUGCUGACGUCCACGGAGAUCUGCUGCCCAUUAACAACGAUGACAACUUCUGCAAGGCUGUCUCCAUGGCCAACCCCUUGCUUAGGGUCUUCAUACAGAAACAAGAGGAAGUCGACUACAGCAGUUUCGGCACCAAUACCCUGACGAGGCGGAAGAAAGCAGUGGUGACCCUCCGCGACGAUGUCAACCGCAAACGGCCGCACAUCAGCAUCAGCAUGCCACAGGACUUCCGGCCUGUGUCCUCUAUCAUUGAUGUGGACAUUCUGCCCGAGACCCACCGACGGGUACGUCUCUACCGCCACGGCUCUGACAAGCCCCUGGGCUUCUACAUCCGGGAUGGCACCAGUGUGCGGGUCACCCCCCACGGUCUGGAGAAGGUGCCGGGCAUCUUCAUCUCGCGCAUGGUGCCGGGCGGGCUGGCAGAGAGCACGGGGCUCCUGGCGGUCAACGACGAGGUUCUUGAGGUCAACGGCAUUGAGGUGACGGGCAAGACCUUAGAUCAGGUGACAGACAUGAUGAUAGCCAACAGCCAUAACCUCAUCAUCACCGUGAAGCCUGUCAACCAGCGCAACAACAUCAUCCGCAGCAGCCGCAUCUCCGGCAGCUCGGGCCAGUCCACAGACAGUGGCAGCUCCACCAGCCACCAUAGCCUGCCACCCCCCUCCAGCCUCAACCAGCACCUUCUUCAGAACUUCCACCCGGACGACAUGGACAGCGACGAGGAGGCCGAUAUUGUCAUUGAGAGCAGCCUCAAGCAGCCCAAGAAAACGGUGACACCUCCUCCGAAACCACUGUCCCAACGUUCUUCUUCCAGAGGCCAGCUCCCAAUGCCACCCAGUCCCUCACGCCCUCCCUCCACCAUCUCCAACGCCUCCACCGCUAUUGUACAGUCCUACCCCAGCAACAGCAACAACAACCUGAGCUUCAGACUGCAAAAGGAACUCUCUCUCCAGCACCAUGGCAACAGGGGAUCCAUCAGCAGGGAAAGCAACGGCAGCCUCCACAAAAUCCUCAAUAGCUUGAGGACUGACCCCAGACACAGCCUUGUCCUGCCGAGAGGAGGAGUGGAGGAGGACGGCACCGUUAUCACACUUUAAAAAUGUUUUUAAGUCUUGCAUCUCCUCUGUCUUACAGAAUAUCAAAAUUGAAAGAGACAGUAAUUAAGGUAUAAAAAAAAAAAGUAUACUGUAGCUAAAAAGAGGUGGGUUGGCUCGCCUGUUUGAGGGGACCACAACUUCCCUGUGGAGAAGAUUAACAGAUUUUGACCUUUUUUGUGAUUUCCAAGGAAAUUUUGCUGCUAUAAUGGUUGAUAUUCCCAAUAGUCCAAUGUAAACCUUACAUUGAGAAUUGUUUUCAUUUUAAAAUAUACAGUAGAUGCUUCUUCAUUGCACAUGGAAUUCAAUCAAACAGUACAACAUCCAUAUUAUUUCUUUCUGCUGAAAUCCAGUCACACUUUGUGUAUGUGUUUUAAAUUAAGGGAUUACCAAAGUUUUGUGAUGAAACUUGCCUUUUUACUUCGUCUUUAAGUUUGAUUGAGAGCUACAGGGAGUAGCACAGGGAAAACAAUGUAAAUCAGUUUAAAGAUGCAUUGUAUUUAACCACUCAUGCCAAUUUUCAUAUAGCCCUUUUAAAAAAAAUUAACUAUCAAGAACAUAAUUAUAUUUAUUGUAUUCACAAGAAUACAGUACUGUAUUGUACAGCAAUACUAUUGCCAACUGUUUACUUCUGAUUAGUCAGAUCAAUAACAGACAUUUAUAGUAAUGUUUUAAUGUUUUUUUUUUUAUGCAGAAAUGUAAAAGAAGACUAAUAUUUGAAGAAAAAAUAGAAUUAAAUGUUUUCUUCAUUUUCAUGAUGUUUGGGACAGUCUCUUGCACACUGCUUUACACACAUUGAUGCUGAGGAUAAACAGUAGGUAUAACACUGAUGAAGGUAGUCACAUUCGUCAUAUUCAUUUAGUUUUGUACAGUUUUACUGCUGAUGCUGAACGUAUAACACAGAAUCGUGGACUAAACGGUUUCACUGACCAAACACCAGAAUAACUCAAAGGGCCAGAUACAUCACAUGAUUUAACCGUAAUGCGUAUUUGCACAUUUUUUCAUGAAAGGAAAAUAAAUGUGCUUAUGUUACAUAACUAGUAACAAACAAUGUUGCUUCUUGUUUUCCUGUCCUUUUAAAUUAACCUUCAAAUGUCUUUGUUACUAGUUUUGUAACAAAUAUUGUAUUUUAUAUAACAAAAACUGAUGCAAAUUGCAUUUGGGUAUAAACACCCUGUGCAAAUAGGGCAAACUGCCUUCCCUGACCUACGGCAAAGGUUUGCAGUUAGGUGGUUUCUACUGUAUUUGAUGCAGGAGAGAUUUAUUUAGCUGUUUCUGAAGUGUGGCUGUGGAGUUUUCUUUUUUUUUUUUAAGGGGGGAGGGGGUCCUUUUGUAAGGAUCAUACCCAUCUGUAGUUUAUUGAAGUUUACAUUGAUUUUACAAGCCUAAUAAAUUGAAGCCAAAAGCUAAUAUUUUCGUCUGGAAUGUUGUUCAUUUAAAUUUGCCAAGCGUGUGCAUUUUUCCUUGUGUUUGUGGACAAGAUGCCUGAAUAAGUAUUACAUUUGAAAAGAAGCCAAGUUUCUUUCGUCAACUCCAGGCUAUAUUUUAUUGUGCAACGGUUUUUUGGGGGGGGGGGGGGGGGGGUGGUUGUAAAGGAAUAACUUGAAACCGGCCUGGUUUUUAAAUUAGACCCUGUGUAAAAACGCAUUGCUUCUGCUUUUGUUGUUUAAAUGCUAAAAGAAAAUGAAUACUGAACUGAGCUGGAAUCUUUCUUUUUUAUUUAAGUAGCACUAGAGAGAGGUUUUUAUAUCGAUUAGCACAAUUAAGGAAAUCCCAUAAGAAAGUAUUAUACAGCAUGUGCAACAAGAAGACCAAAUUGUGUUCAAAUCCCUUUGUUCAAAGGGUUGGAACUCUUCCACUCAUUCUCGUUGAUGGAAUUAUCUUUAGGACAGUGCCACUUGCUGGUAGGAAAUCAUCAUAGUAAAGAUUCCUAACCAGUCUUCAUCACUAACCUUUAAUGUUAAGGAAUGAAUUAGUGUAUCUUUUAAGGUUUUAUUAUUUAUUACAAAUUUGUCACAAAGUUUGCUGGAUUCUUUAGUACCACCAUACAAGGUUUGUCGGGUACUGUAUGUCUGCAUAUAAAUCAUGACUUACUUGUUACCAACAAAAAUAGUAAUAACUAUAAUAAUGGCAUGAUAAUGUAUUAUUGGUACGAUGCAAGUCCAUUUGUGUAGAAUUGUUUUUAUUUCUGUGAGAAAUCAGAUACAUGGCCAAAAGCUAAAAUGCACGUGUUAAGGGAAAUGUCCAGGGGUGCACAUAAACCAAUGAGUCAUGUGUCUGGCUUUUAGGUAUCUUUAAGGUCAAUUUCAUUCAAGCAUUUGUAGGUCAAUCGUUACACCCACUUAACAAAAUUUGAUUUGUUGGCAUCACAAUUUACUUCCUGGUUUUCACCAUUUGUUUUUUUAAAGCCCUUGUUUAUUGGUUGUCAGAUUUAAAACCGGUGACAGGGGGCCUGUUCUUACUGAGGUAAAGGAGGUGGGGAGAUGGAAGAUGUAAAUGUAAUGUCCAAUUGCACUGCCAGUGUAAAAAUAUUUUACCAAUAAUUUAACACAUGGAAAGUAAUUGAGGAGAUGUCUGAGUUAUAGUUGUGUAGACUUACUGGAAUCGUUCACAAGAUAUAAAGGUUACCUUUUAAAUGCUAAAUUUAUUGUGGUUUGUGGUACCAAGUUUAAAAUAUUUGACAAACUACAUGGAAACAGUGUUGAUUUGAAAAGCCUUCAUUGUAUUUCAAUAUAGUAAAGCCAUUCCCAAGUUAAACUGCACCUCUGAUUACAGUUACAGUGUGACAGGGGACUAUUUUUUUUUUUUUUUACCUAAGUCUUACUUUCUUACACAUUUCACUUAUUUUUGUAUUAGAUCGACUACGAUAUUGAAGCUUUUUUGUGACGGAAAGAGCUUGUUUUUUAUUAAUGUUUAGUGCAGGAUAUGGAACGUGUGACUGUAAUAGUUUUUUUUGUAAUUUUAUAUGCAAAACAACUCUGCAAUAUUAUUUUCUUACCACUGUCUGUUGAAAAAUUUGU